GCCGCUGCUGAAUGCCCCUUUCUCCGGCGGCAUCAGGCCUGCGGGGCGAGAAGGCGGCGGCGGGGGCGCCCCUGCAGGCCUCCCGUCAGCACUGCCGCAGAGAGAGAGAACCGCGAGGGGCAGGCAAGGCGUAGCCUUCGCCCAGGGCGGCUGAGGCCCGCACAGACGCGCCCCGGUUGCAAAGGGCUUUGUACAGGUGUGGCUGCGUGACUGGCUUCCCUCCCGCCCCCCAGCCAAGCCUCCAGACGCCCCAGAGGAGGAAUCUGGCCCGGAAAGGAGUUCCCGGUGUCCGCAGUGGGGAGUCCUCAGACCUUCCCGCAUUCCAGGGUCUCCUAGCAACCAGCAGAAACUUUCCACGCCAAGCAGAACUCCAAGCAGUGUGCCUGGCGCAGUCCUCAGAGGAGUCACAUGCCCCCGGCAGUGACUGAUUAACCAAGAACUCAUCAGGCUGUGUUACUGUUGCAUCCCUAAGACAACUAGCCAACCUCUGUGUGUCAGAGCCAGUGGAACGCUCAUCGCCUGACUCUUGGAGGCCAGCAGCCACGAGGAACAUGAGCCACAGCAUCUCCUUUGCAGAGCUGAUCAACUUGGCCAUUGGAACGCCAGAACUGGGCAAUGUCAAUUUCAACGCCCUUCACUUAUUCCUCCACAGCCUCCUGGAUCAUCUCCAUUUGCAAGACACAAGGAAAGAAAUUACUGAUGAUGAGCUGGACUUCAUUAAGCCGCCCUCAGGCUUUGCUGCCUCUGUAGCCUCUUCCGAAAUGGUCCCAAUCGCAAGGAAAUCCAGCUCUAUCUUUCAUCAGUUGCAUGGCAGAAUUACGGCCAUUGAGAGGCAGCUGAAUUUCCUGAACGAUGCCCCUGACACUGCCCAGCUGCUCGCCCGCAGCCAAGGCACUGCCCAGCCAGCCCAGGACAUGUGGCAGAUGAUGCAGCUGAAAAAGAAAAUGGAAGUGAACGAGGAAGGGAUGAUGAAGGCCAUGAAUACGUUGCAAGAUCUGCUGAACAACAUCUGCUCCCUGAAAACAACCACUGACAACUUUCAGGAAGAGCUGGGGCAGCUGAAGGAUCACUUCACUAAGCUCAAUGUAAACGAAAUGAAGGAGCAACUCAUGCAACUGGAUAUGCAGGCCAAAAUGAUGGAGGAAAUCAGAGAACAACUGGGCCUCACCAGCACAGCCCCAGACUCUUUCGAUGUGGUGCGUUGGAGCUCCCUCUGCGAGAUGCUCACAGGCAAGAGCUACCCGGAUAAGGAGGGCCGAGAGAAGUCAUCCAGGGAGAUGCUGGCUGUCCUGGGCCAGUUGCCCGAGAAGCACGAAGGGCUCACCGCCCACAUCGCUCAGUUGGAGGAGCAGCUGAAGCACUGGGCUGGCCUUGGAGGAGAUUCCGAGUUCCCAUCUGAACUGAAGUCUCUGCUGGAGCGGAUUCAGAGCCAGAAUGAAAAGGGAAAGGAGUCGCUGCAGGGCGCCUUGGAUCAGAUGCGCAAGCUGAAGGAACAGUGUGAGAAGCUGCAGAUGGGGGUGGAGAGGCUGAUGAAGAGCACCUCAGACAUCCAGACCAUGCGCAUCAUGUUAGAACAGCUGGACAUCACAAAGGCGGACAAAGCCCUGAUACAGGAGGAGAUGAACGUGAAAGCCGACAAGAGUGCCCUGGAGGCCAAGGUGAACCACGGGGAGCUGCAGUCGGCCACCACCCAGCUGAGCGAGAUGAUGCAGGACCUGCUGCAGAAGAUGUCCCUCCAGGACAAGGACUGGCAGAAGGCCCUAGAGAAGCUCUUCACCGACAUGGACUGCAAGCUGGACCGGAUGGCCCUGGACCCCCUGAGCAGGCAGCUGGAAGAGGUAUGGAAGUUCGUCAAGAAGUAUCUGAGCGAGGGCCCCCGCUUUGAUGCAGACAGUGCUGCUGGCUUUAAGAAGCAGCUCUUUGAGAGAGUGAAGUGCAUCUCCUGUGACCGGCCUGUGACCCUGAUGACGGGGCCACACAUGAUAACCAUCCGAAAGGGGCCCCUGCGGCCUCGUCCUGCCAGCGCCAACGGCUAUGAGUACCUGGCACACAGGCUACAGAAAAAGGAUCCUGAGAUGACCGAUGCAAGCGGCAACCAGCCCCCACAGACCUGCUGGCAGUGCCAGGCCCACCAUCAGACUUGCACCAUCAAGCGCCUGACCAAGGCCCAGGACCUCACCACCAUCUAUCCCUACGGAGACCCAACAGCCAUCACUUACGACAAUACCGAGGUGGACAUUCUUGGCGUUAAUGGUGUUCUCUACAAAGGGCGGGUGAGCUCACACGCAGCAGAGCGGGCUCUUGCCCUGCAGAAGGAAUUUACAGUCAUGAAGUCUCCCCGGCCGCCAUCGGGGGCCAGGAUGGAGAGGCCCCGCACAGCCUUUGCAGAUGUCAGCGUCUCCCCCUAUGCAGCCUCUUCCACCCGAAGGAUGGUACCACCAUCACCUGGCAACCGGUCGCAGCAGCUACAGGUGCAGCAGCAGCUCACCUUUGAGUCUGUGGAUGGGACAGUGACCUCUCUGAACUCCAGUUUCAGCCAAAACCACUUUCAGAACGGUGGAGGGGUUGCAGGCAUGUGAGCUGUGCUGCUGCCCCCCGCCCCCCCCGGUGCCAUUUGGACAGCUCCACUUUGUGCCCCUCUCGUGCUACAUCUCUGCAUCCCCAGCAGGCAGGGCUGUGGCUCGGAGUAGCUCCAGGGCUGUCCCACAGGCCCCCCUCUCUUUGGCAGGCCCAGCUGGGUGAGGCUCUUCACUCCACACCAACCGCGGCGUCUUCCUGCAAUCAGCUGCUGUGUUUAACUGAGCCCCUCCCCGGUUUAUAGAGGCACCGUGACCCCUUGGAGAUGGAGGUGUGGUGGGCCUCAUUAGCAGCAGUCUAUGACCCAAAUGUGGAAGCUGACGAGGCGGGGGGGGGGUGCCACGCCUAGAAGGACCCUGCCAGGGAGGGGUGCUAGGAGCGCUCUCUUUCCAUGAGUUGCCAGGCUGCCCAUUUGGAAGCCUCCAUCCCCUGCCAUCUCAGCUGGGGCCAUGUGGGGCCACAGGCAAUGCAAUGGUGGCAGAUGCCGCGUUUCCCUCUGUUCGCUCAUCCGCCCUACUCCCAUGUGAACUGGAGGCCGGAGGAUGCAUGUGUCUCCCUUGCAUGUGAAAGGAGCACUUCAGAUUCCAGAGCAAGACAUUGAGUACGCUUCCUGGAGCCAGAGAGUACGGGGAAGGGGGCUGGGGAAGGGGGGGCAGGCAGACUCAGCAAAGCAAGGCACCUUCCAGCACUUUUGUCUGUGGGCGGAUGAAGGAUGCCCUCACCUUUUGGUCCCUGGGCACAGACUGGCAUGGCCUCCACUCUGGCUCCUGUGUCCUGGCCCACCCUUGCAGUUCUUCGCAGAAUGGGCCAUCUUUCUCUGGGGGAAGUGGCCAUCUCUCCCCUCCUGCCAUGGGACCCCUGGAGCUACUCCCAAUGCUGACCCCUGCAGUGGCUGUGAAUUACAAAAGAGUUUGUUGAGCAUAAGGAAGGAAGACACCGGCCCCACAAAGCUGUUCUCUGCCUUUUCAAAGUUGCUGUCAGCAGCUCCGGGUGCUUAUCAAGUCCCUUUUUGCAAAGGGCAGAGGAGGGGGCUGGUGGUGCGGGGGGGUGUGUGCUGCAGAUUGCCCUCCCCUUCCCGGUGCCCCCUGGCAUUUGUGAGUAGGGCAGGGAGAGGGGGAUGGGGUGCUCUCUGAAGCACCAGGGCCAACCAGGGUACCCCCCAGGGGAACAUGGCCACACCCACUGCACCAGCCCUCCUUUGCUGGUGCCCCACUGCAACCCUAGCCCUCCUGCAAGACAUUGCGGGGCUACAGCAGGGCUCCACUGGGCAGUGAGGGCCUGCAGCUUUCCCCAUCCACAGCUGCUUUCCCUGUCCCCCCCCCAGACUUUGCCCCACGGGAAAUGCAUCCUUGUUUGGAAACUCCCCUUAUCAGACCAUCCCACAGACCUCCAUUGCAACCCUUCCUGGAGGGUCCUGCCUAUGUAGGAAGCUGGGUGUUCCUCCUUGCAGGGGGGUUGCCCAGAAAGAGGUGGCGGAGGGGGCCCUUUUCCUGUUUUAUAGGUCUGGGGCAGAGACGGGAGGAGCAGACACCCCCCCCCCCGCUUUAUCAUUUCUGGGGUAGGCAAAGACGGAGCAAGGCUGUGCUCCCCCCCUGCUUUGAGUGGAAAGGGAGGCAAUUCUGUAGACACAAGACACAACUGCCAAUGGCUACUGGCCGCAAUGACGGUGUGCAACGACCUCCAGUGCUGAAGCAGGUAUGCCUCUGAAUGCCUGUCUCUGGAGGGCCGCAGGGGGGCAAGUGACGUUGCUCCGGGUUCCCUUUGGGGCAUCUGGCUGGGCACUGAUGGGCCUGCUCCAGCUGGAGGGCUCUGCUCAGAGGCUCUGCCCUGCUUCAAGCCUGUGCCAAAUCCUCCACGCAGACGAACGGCAACAUCCCUGGCAGCACAGCUGGGCUAACUCCUGGUCUCCUGCCUUGCACUCCCUCCUGCCCUUUGCGGUUGCAGUUCCAUCCCCACCAGUGGCCGUUUCCUUUCUGAGACUGCAGACAUGGCAACCAAGCAGUCCUCAUCACACGGGUUAAGUGAGUCCCUCCACCCUCCGUAACUAAGGAGACGAGUAGCUGCCAAAUCAUGGCAUUCUCUUAACUGGGGAUGCCAGGACUGGAGGAGGAGCCCCCAAGGACGCCAGUCAGGAGGUCUGCCACCGGGUGGGGGGCUCAGCACUGAUUUGGCACUUAGAGAGGAGAUGGGGAACUGGUCUGGGGCACGAGGGGGCAGCUGCCACCAUUCUGCUUGUUUUCCGUCCAUGCCCAGCCUAUAAAAAGCAAAGGCUUCUUUGCAACAAGGGGGGGGGUCAACACAGCCUUCAGUAAUGCUGCCCACUGUGCCCCUCCGAAGCUGUUCCACAAACAAUGUCAGGAAAAAAAAUUAAUCCAUAAAAAAUGUGCAAUUAUUAAAACAGAACAAUUAAAAAACAAACCCCAUACUUUUUCUGGGGUUUGUGUUUAAA